AUGUCUGCAGCACAGCAGCAGCCCGCCCAGGGCACCAACUGGCUGUCAACCACCAAGCAGGUUGCUCAGACGGUCGGCAUCUUCAUGUUUGUCAACUUUGCAAUCAAGCAAGUCACCGGAGGUAUUCAGCAGCAGAAGCAGGCCGACAAUGCUCCUGUCCCUACCGUCGCCCCUGGUACUGGCCAGCAGCCUUCUGUCUCCCCUCAUAGCGCCGUCCCCAAUAUGAUCAUGCCUCUGUGGCAACUAAACACCUCCAUGGACAUCAACAUGUAUGUCUCGCCGUCCUUCGCCAUGCCUGCCCUCAGCCAGAUGCCCGCCGAUUCUCUGGUCCUCCAGGAGCGCAACUACCAUUACGGUGACUGGUCGGACAAGCGCCACGUUCAAACCACAAUCGCCAUCCCCCAAGCAGUACAAGAGAAUGGAACCCUUUGGGCACACAUCUACAUUUCUCAGUCCGGAAGCGUCAUGGAUCCUACUCAGCCUGGCUACGAUUCCUUCAAGGCUUACCGCGUUACCCGUCCCCUGACAAACUACCUGGCAAAGAAAAAGGUCCACAAAACUCGCAACCUUCUCGACUCUUCUGACGCCGAAGACCAAGCUGUAGAUGUAGUCUCGGGUCCCACCAUCUCCAACUACUACCACCCCAACUUCACUCUAUCCAUCAUCCCCAACAUCGGAACCCCUGUCUACCCCCAGAUGCAUCCAGCAAUGCGUCAAUUCGUCUCUCUGGAAACCACCGGCGCCCGUGAUGACUCUGGUCAAAACGCGUGGUACUACCCCGUCCUCUACUUGAACACUUUCUGGCAGCUCCGCUCCCAGAUGACCGAGCUCAAUUCGACCAUUACCGAGAUGCCUCUCAACCUCGACUUGCAGACCGACCCCAACUGGAAAUUCAGCAUCUUGGCAAGCAUGGACGAGGGCAUGAAGGAGAAUGCUAGAAAGAGUGCUCGCGGAGAGACCACCGCUGGAGGUGGUGAUGGCAGUGAGCUCGAAAUGAUCAAGGAGGUCCUGCUCGACACAAACAUGUACCUUCUCGGUAUCACUGGUUUCGUCAGUAUCUUGCACAUGAUCUUCGAAAUGCUGGCCUUCAAGAACGACGUUAGCCAUUGGCGCAAGAAGAAGGACAACAUCGGAACGUCGGUUCGCACCAUCCUCGCCAACGUCUUCAUGCAGAGCGUCAUUUUCCUGUACCUGAUGGACAACAACGAGAACACUUCUUGGAUGAUCCUGUUUGGUCAAGGUAUGGGUAUCGCCAUCGAGGCCUGGAAGGUCACAAAGGCUGUUGAUGUACGUGUUCGUGCUGCUCCAGAAGGCUCUUUGAUCCCCUACCGUGUUGUCUUUGAGGACAAGCACAAGCUUUCCGACGUCGAGAAGAAGACUCAAGAGUACGACGAGAUUGCCUUCCGCUACUUGUACAUGGUCGCUGUGCCGCUUCUACUCGCCUAUGCUGGAUACUCACUUGUUUACGAAACCCACAAGAGCUGGUACAGCUUCAUCAUUGCCACUCUGGUCGGCUCGGUCUACGCAUACGGUUUCCUCAUGAUGGUCCCCAGCUUGUACAUCAACUACCGCCUCAAGAGCGUCGCACACAUGCCCGCAAAGGCCAUGACCUACAAGUUCCUCAACACUUUCAUUGACGAUCUUUUCGCUUUCACCAUCAAGAUGCCAACAUUGCAUCGUCUGGCUACCCUACGUGAUGAUGUCAUCUUCUUCGUAUACCUUUACCAGGCCUGGGCAUACAAGGUCGACCACACUCGUGUCAACGAGUUUGGCCAGGGCGGUGACGACGAAGAAGUCGAGGAGAAGAAGGCUGCCCAGCCCUUGAAGUCUGCACCUAAAGAGGAUACCACUUCUGUCAAGGCCGAGACUUCGAGCUCUGACGCUCAGAGUAAGGCAGGUGUUUCGAGAAAGAGAAAGUAG